UCCACAGAGGAUCCUCCCCCUCCUCGAUUCCUUGAACCCUCCACCUCCACCCCCCACCUCACUCUCUCUCUCUCUCUCUCUCUCUCUCUCUCUCUCUCUCUCACACACACACACACACACACACACACACACACAACUCUCUCUCUCUCUCUCUCUCUCUCUCUCUCUCUCUCUUUGUAGUCCUCGAAUCCUGAGUUGGGGGCAAGGUGGAGGUUUCCCUGGUCAAAUUUUGGGGAGGCGAUGGGUGCUAGGGUUAUUCCUUUAGGUAUUCCUGUCGAUUCACCCGAGGCACUAUCUGAACGACAUGUGCUGGAGGAUAUGAAUAGUCCACCACUGAAUGGUGAGAAAAGUGCUUUACUGAGCCGAGAGCAGAACGGUGCAGUAGCUGCAGUAGCAAAUCCUAUAAGGAGGGAAAUUGUUAGCAGGUCAUGUGCUGGAAUGAAGUCCCUUUGUGAUGAUGAAAUCGACUUGGAAGAUUGUAAAUCAUCAAAAGAUAGAGAUAAGAGUUUUCGCUACCAUCGGACUCCUAAGAUAUAUAACCAGGCUCUUUUAUCUGGCCUCGCAUACUGCAUAUCUUCAUGCAGCAUGAUACUAGUUAACAAAUUUGUUCUAUCUGGCUACGAUUUUAAUGCUGGAAUAUUUUUGAUGCUAUACCAGAAUUUUGUAUCAGUGACCAUAGUCUCCGUUUUGAGUAUUUCUGGGUUAUCUCGACAGAACAUUUACAUGGAAACUAAUAAAGAUUGGUUGCCAGUAAAUGCUAUAUUUGUUGGAAUGCUCAUUACAAGCAUGUUUAGUUUGAAGUACAUCAAUGUGGCCAUGGUGACUGUUUUGAAGAAUGUUACCAAUGUUAUUACUGCUUCCGGUGAAACAUACCUCUUUAAGAAGCAUCAUGACGGCAAAGUCUGGGCCGCUUUGAUUCUAAUGAUAAUAUCAGCAAUUUCAGGAGGCAUUACCGAUCUCUCGUUCAAUGGAGUUGGCUAUGCAUGGCAGAUUGUAAAUUGUUUUCUAACAGCAUCCUACUCGCUCACAUUGAGGAGAGUAAUGGAUACUGCUAAGCAAGUUACCAAGUCUGGUAACCUGAACGAGUUUUCGAUGGUUUUGCUCAAUAACACUCUUUCACUUCCUUUGGGACUCAUUCUUGUUCUUGCUUUCAAUGAAGUGGAAUACCUCUCAAAAACGCCUCUUUUGAAGAUGCCCAUGUUCUGGUUGGUUAUCACUUUCAGCGGGUUUUUGGGACUCGCAAUUAGUUUUACUUCUAUGUGGUUUCUUCACCAGACGGGUGCUACUACAUACAGCCUUAUGGGGUCACUAAACAAGAUUCCUCUCUCCAUUGCUGGAAUCUUUCUCUUUAAAGUCCCAACUAGUAUGGAGAAUUCGAUGAGCAUCCUUUUCGGUCUAUUAGCUGGUGUGUUCUUCGCGAAGGCCAAAAUGCACGAAAGAACUCAAUCCUGAUUUCUUCAAAACACAUUCUUGCGCAGCAAAAUAGUUAAUCUGGGCAAUUCCAGGAGAUUAAAGUCACAAGGCGGAAUAGUUAUCCCUUUUAUGAUCGGACCAACCGGCCAUGCUAAAAUUGUGAGGUAGUUAUAAUCCGGAGGUUUCGGGGUGAUUAUUCAUGUCGGUUUGGUAGCAUGAUCUUUCUUUUGGGCUGCUUGUUUUUCCGCAUGCCCCACCGAAGAAAACUCCUACGCAUAGUCCUGCUGGUUGACCAUCAACUUGUUGUAAAUUAGCAAUUUUGGAAUCCAUCUCUCUUUCCUCAUAAAAGCGAGUUAACUUAAGAACAAAUUGUUUGGGGAUUCUUGGGAUGCAGUAAAAUGUUGGAAGUUAGAGGCAUUCUUCUGUUAGAUCUUCAGUUUCGACAGAUUAUUUGGUGUAACUUUUCCCAAUUUUCUUGUGUAAGAAAGCCAGAAUGUUUUCUUUAUACUAAAUAGAAGAACAAUGAAUAGUCAUUCAAGUGCUUCUGUACAUUGAAUGAAUCAUUUGAUUAUACUA